AUCUCCAAUGUCUAAUGUGCAAACUCAUUGAAAGCAAAUUGUGAACAGAUGUUAAUUGUAAUAAUGAAUUCACCGGCCGAUGAUCUAUAGAACCAGCUCUGUUCUCUGGGCCACAGUUGUUGAUGCCACUCCCACAGUUACACAUGUAGUUCCUGUAUUACUGCUCAGUCUCGUUUUCUCCUUAGCAAUCGAUCUGUGUGGAAGCCACUGGAACAGAGCACCAUGGCUGUGAACAUCCCAGGAGUGAUAGUUAUGCUGAUUUUUUACCUGCUGGUCCUCGGGACCGGGAUCUGGGCUUCUUUUAAGUCCAAGAGAGAACAGAAGAAAAGUGGAGCAGGAGAAAUGGAGAUGGCUCUGCUGGGGAACAGGAGGAUCAACUGGAUGGUGGGGAUCUUCACCAUGACAGCCACGUGGGUUGGAGGAGGCAUGAUUGUAGGCAUAGCUGAGGUGGUCUACACACCCUCCAUGGGACUAACGUGGGCACUAACUGCAAUCUCUGCUCAAGGAACGUCUUUUCUCAUAUGUGGUCUGGUCUUUGCCAAGCCACUGAGAGAAAAGAACUGCGUGACCAUCCUGGACCCUUUCCAAAUGAAGUACGGGAAAUUUGUAACAGCUGGACUCUGCAUCUUUUCACUGUUUUUGGACUUGAUGUGUCUGCCUGUGGUACUGAUUGCUUUAGGAGGAACCAUGAGUGUGGUCCUGGAUGUGUCCUACACUGUGUGUGUCUGGAUCUCUGCUGCUAUUGUCAUCAUCUACACACUGAUGGGAGGUCUCUACUCUGUGGCCUACACUGAUAUUAUACAGCUGAUCCUUAUAUUCAUAAGUAUGUGGCUGUGUGUUCCUUUUAUUUUGAUGAACCCCAGCUGCUCUGACAUCGGCCAGACACUGAUGAACAACACCUUACACGCUCCCUGGGUUGGAACUGUAGAUCUAAAAAGGACAUGGAUCAUGGUUGACGAUUUCUUAUUUUUCGCCCUGGGAAGUAUGGGAUUCCAGUGUCUCCACCAAAGAACCCUGGCUGCUUCCUCUUUAACCACUGCUAGGGUCACGUGUGUGGUUGCUUCUAUUAUUCUACUCGUGUUUGGAAUCCCUCCAAUCCUGAUUGGAGCUGCUGCUGCAUCUACAGAUUGGAACCAGACCUCCUAUGGUUCUCCAUUUCCAUAUGAACGUGGAGAAGCAGCUAUAAUCCUUCCCAUUGCCUUGCAGCACCUCACCCCCUCCUACAUCUCCAUCGUUGGCAUUGGAUGUGUGGCUGCCGCUGUAAUGUCAUCAGCUGAUUCUAAUUUGAUUUCUGCCGCUUCUGUUUUCACCUCAAACAUUUACAAAAACAUCCUGAGGCCAAACGCAUCAGACAAAGAAAUUCAGUGGGUGAUCCGAGCUGCCGUCCUUAUUGUAGGAUUAGUAGGCACGUCGUUGACCAGCCAGGAGAAAAGCAUUAUGCGAUUUUGGAUUAUUACCUGUGAAGUGGCCUACCUCAUUGUCUUUCCUCAGCUGUCCUGCGUACUUUUCUUUCACAUCUCCAAUGGUUACGGAGCUGUAAUGGGCUGUGUGGUUGGACUGGUGUUGAGACUGCUCAGUGGAGUCCCAUCUCUAGGACUUCCUGUUGUCCUCCACUUCCCAGGAUGUGUCCUUGAGGAUGGAGUUUAUGUUCAGUACGCUCCAGUCAAGACCAUCUCCAUGCUGUCUGCUAUGGCUGCUACUGUGUUCUUUUUUUAUCUGACAUCUGUGCUCUUCAACAAAGGGCUGCUUCCUGAGAAGUGUGACGUGUUCAAGGUGAAAGCACAACCAUCACAACAACAACAGUCAAGUCCAGCACUUGUUACCAAGGACGACAGUGAGACAGAGAGGCUGACUUGUAAAUGCCCUCAGACGGCGGCCUCCGAGCCAACGAUUGACACUAAAUGCUAGGGCCAGGAAUCCAACAAGGCUUGGUGUU